UGGUCUACGCUUUUUCACUCAUUUUUCCAAAAUGUGAAACUUCAAAAGCAAAUGCAAAUUUUCAAUCAAAUUCAAACUGACAAAUAUUUUCUUUCUCAUUCAUUAAAAUUUUCUCUUUAUGUGACAUGAAAUUUCGGUAAAAAAAUACACACAAAUUCGCUAAUUUCUAAAUUCAAUAAUAAAAAAUUGCGGGUAAGGUGUAUAAAACUAACGGCGAGCGGCAAGCAGAAUCUCUACUUGUGCCAGUGUAAUAUGUAAAAGUUGUUUACUUGUUUCCGCACGGCAAGAAGUUCACGCCCAUACUACCGAGUCCUGUUGGUUAGCUGUCAUGGCGGUCCUCGAGCGCAAUGGCAACUUGAAUAUCUGGUGGUUCCCCAAGGAGUUCAGUCAGUCGCGCUACGGCGAAUACCAUCACAGUGGCACCAAUUCGUGCACUCUAAUCACGCUCAUCCUGGCCGAUAUGGUCGCGAAAGAGGGGCGUGGAUUCUAUUGCCAACGUAUGCAGGAUCUACCGCCGCGUGCUGUAGAAAUCUUUGCCGAAGGCAUCAACAAGGGCAACAGCGCCUACGCACAUCUGAUCACCGCCAAUGCGGGGGUGCCGGAUAGCGGUGGCGUUGCCCAACAAAUGACGGCCAAUCAAAAUCUCAACAUACCGGAUGCGCUGAAUGUGCUCAAGCGCCAGCCGCACUUUCGCCUGAAGGAGUGGUUCUUCACACACAUGCAAGCCGAUCCGGAACGUGAGUCGUGCCGCACCAUUGCGCUGCGUCUGCUGCAGGCGGUCAAUACCGGUUUGCAGCAGUUUCGGCAGGCGGGCAAGGUCAACGAGCAUUUCCUCUUCGCUGCAAUGAUUUCCGACAAUCGCACCGUUUUAUUUGUUAUCGAAUUUCCGGCGAACCUGAUCACCUUCUUCGAUUCGCAUCAGCAUGGACGUGACGCGGGUGCUGUGGUGGCGCAGUGCAACAUCCGCGACAUGUACGACAUGAUGAAUUGGUUCGUGAAUAUGAAUCACGAUGUAUACUCCAGCCAACCGCAUAUAUAUGAGGUCUCAUUUCUACUACCCGAUCCAACGGGUUUGCCAACGCCCUCAAAGGUCGAGAAAUGCGAGGUAACACAGUUGAAGAAUAAUAUGUCGCUGGCGAAGAAAAUGCAGAAGAAAUGAAACAUGUACAAUGUAGCCGGGCGGUACGGACCUCUGAAUCUAUAUAUUCACUGUGCAUAUUGUGAUGGCCGUACAAUACACCAGCCUGCUGCAAAAAUUGUCAAGUGCUAAUGUUUAUUGAAAGUCGAAAAUGAAAAUCGCAAAAAUGCAAAUGUCUUGUAAUCUCGGUCUUUAUGCUUCUAACUUCUCGAACUCACAGCUAUUUCGAUACAAAUAAACAAACUAUCCACACCGCA